AUGGAUGCAGUUUUGCUUGAUGCGUAUUUGCAUCAACAAACAUUGAGAAAUAAAACUGGUAAUAGUAUGACAACAAGCGCUAUGGAUAGCAUUCUUAAAGAAUUGAAGACUCACUUUCCGGACAAACCAAUUUCCAAAGAAAAAAUAAAAGAUCACAUGAAACACAUCAAAACAAAGUUCAAUUCUUGUUAUGACCUUUUCCACAAUGGCUUGAGUGGGUUUGGAUGGGAUUCAACAACAAAUAUGUGGAUUGCCGAAGAUGAAGUUUCGAACAAGCUAAUUGAGAAAAAACCCGAAGCUGCUGAAUGGAAAAACAAGCCAAUAUUAUUUUAUGAUAAAUUGGCCAAACUUUUUGGAAAAGAUCGACAACAGGAGAGCAUGAAGGUACAACUGCUGAAGUGA